AUGGCGAUGCUGGAUGAAAGGAAAGAGGCGGAAACCAUCAUGAACAAUUUCCUCAAGAGAGAGCGCGAAGCUGUCCAAUCGCUGGAACAGGCCAAGAAACUCCGGAAGCACUGGGAGUCCAAGAUGAGCGAGGCUCAGAAGGACGCUGAUAGGAUUAGGCGGGAAGCUAUUACUCCCCGCAAGAUCACCUUCACAACUCCCACUGAGCAACAGCCGCUCACAACUCCAAAAUAUAACAUGAAGAAGGCUGUGGAGCUCUUGAAAAAGAAGGAUGAGGAGGUUGAUAUCAACCACAUCCGCACGCUCAUUGCUUCAGCGGUACAGCAGCAGAGCAAGGCAGACACUUCUCGCAGGUUUAAAUCCAACCCGGAUCACUGUGUAUCCACCGCGCAGAAGGACGCCUAUGACAAACAACAUCGUGAUGAUGAAUCGCGCACCGGAUCCACGGAGCGCAGGAGAAGGACCAAAGAACAUCCAAACCCGAUCCCGGUGCCUUCGGAAUCUUCUCCGAAAGACCCAGCAAAGGGAAAGGGCUCGAUGUAUGCUGGCAAAUACAAGUACCGGAAUCCGUCACCUCCGCCUCGGAUCCCGCGUCCUCCGCCACCACCUCACCGUCGUAGUCCAGCCGGAAACAGCAGGCCCCAUGGGCCCGGUGGAAUCAAUAUUCGCGACAAUGUGCCGCCUCCGAGGAACAGGAACACGGAGCGCGAGCCCAAGCCUCUCCGGAGUAGGAACAACAACCGCGAGCCUGCACCUCGAAAGAUCCGGAAUGAAGAACAAUAUGAACUGGAUGAACAGCUCACGGCGGCGCUCGAACUCCGGUGA